AUGUCCGCCACGCUCCCCUCCUCCACCCAGCCCGUCGUCUCAUCGCAGGAGGUGAUCGGCCAUACCCCCCUGCCUGGCAGCACCAGCGUCCGUGCGGCCUUCAUCCACGUGGUGGGUGACCUGCUGCAGAGCGUCGGGGUCCUCGUGGCUGCCACCAUCAUCUACUUCAAGCCCCAGUACAAGAUCGCAGACCCCAUCAGCACCCUCUUCUUCUCGGUCUUCGUCCUCGGCUCCACCUUCACCAUCCUCAGGGACGUCUUCAGAGUCCUCAUGGAAGGGACGCCGCGGGGCCUCGAGUUUGAUGCAGUGAAGGAGGUGCUGCUGGGGGUGAGCGGGGUGAAGGGCGCCCACGACCUGCACCUCUGGGCCCUGACACCGAGUCACCAUGCGGUGUCGGCGCACGUGGCUGUCGACGCCAGUGUCGACCCCGAGACGGUGCUGCGGGAAGCCAGCACCCAGCUGCAGAGCAAGUUCGGCUUCGCCUCGUGCACGGUGCAGGUGGAGCGGUACCGGGAGGAGAUGGCAGCCUGCCAGCACUGCCUGGACCCCCGUGCCUGA